GGAUGAGGCGGGGCUUGGGUGGUUGGCUCCUGCGGCGGCGCUUCCUGGUGGUUGGGGCGCCAUGGCGCUGCCCUGGCUGCAGCGCGUCGAGCUCGUGCUCUUUGCUGCCGCCUUCUUAUGCGGGGCUGUGGCGGCCGCGGCGCUGACCCGGACCCAGGGUUCCUUCAGGGGUAGCUGUCCACUAUAUGGUGUGGCUGCCCUGAAUGGCUCCUCCCUGGCCUUAUCCCACCCGUCGGCCCCAUCCCUCUGCUACUUUGUAGCUGGGGCCUCUGGUCUCCUGGCCCUCUACUGCCUCCUGCUUCUGCUCUUCUGGGUCUACAGCAGCUGCAUCGAGGACUCCCACAGAGGUCCAGUAGGGCUCCGCAUUGCACUGGUCAUCUCAGCUAUAGCCAUCUUCCUGGUCUUAGUGUCUGCCUGUAUCCUUCGAUUUGGCACCAGUUCCCUCUGCAACUCCAUCGUCUCCCUGAACAAUACAAUUAGCUGCUCUGAAGCCCAGAAAAUUCCAUGGACACCACCUGGAACAGCUCUGCAAUUUUACUCCAACCUACACAAUGCUGAAACCUCUUCUUGGGUGAAUUUGGUACUGUGGUGUGUGGUCUUGGUGCUCCAGGUCAUGCAAUGGAAGUCUGAAGCUACCCCAUACCGGCCUCUGGAGAGGGGGGACCCUGAGUGGAGCUCUGAGACAGAUGCUCUCCUUGGGCCACGCCUUUCCCAUUCCUGAAGAGUAACCAGAGCGCUUCCUGCAGCCAAAGACUCCGAGCCCAAGUGCCUGCAAUCCUCUUUCCCCCACAUUGCCCUGUUUAUGCUGGGAGCCUCCAUUUUCCCUCCACGAGGGAAACAUGAUGACAGGCCCCCCCAACCUCUCUUCCCAUAGCUGUUUUUGUACCAAAAUAUUAUUACUUUCUUCAUCUUG